AUGGAUAAGGAAGAAGCAAGGGUUUAUCAUGAAAUCUCAAAGUUUCAAUACAAAGAUGGCCUCAAGCUACUGGAUAUUCUGUCUCCUCAGUCUAAUGGAGUUGUUCUUGAUAUAGGAUGUGGUACUGGUCGACUCUCUAAGAUACUUUCUGAUAGACUGGUUGAUGGUAGAGUGGUUGGAGUUGAUCCUGAUGAAGAGAGGAUAAAGAUAGCAAUGGAUGAAGGAAAGGGACGCACUAAUCUACAGUUUAUGGUAGGAUCUGAUCAAACCUUCCCUGAGGAUCAAUACGAUAUGGUAAUAUGCACUGAUGCUAUUCAUUGGAUCAAAAAUAAAAGUGAAACUUUUAAUCAAGUUUAUGCUAAUCUUAAGCCUGGAGGAAAGUUUGGCUUUACUACACUGGCUAAUGGCAUCCCAGAUAUAGUAAUAGAAAUAGCCCAAUUGUGUGGAACCCAGGCCUUUGAUGCAGUGAUGAAUUCGACACACUAUGAGGAUGGUAACUACUACAAGCAAUUGGCCAGUCAAGUUGGGUUCAGUGUCCUCUAUUUUGAUGCUAGGGAUGUGGAAUACACUCUGCCUAGCAUUGAUGCGUUUGUUGAUUUCUAUUACAGCGUCUAUCAUGGAAUGUUUGAUCGGACUGAUCCUAAUCUGAUUGGAAUCAAGGAAAGGUAUGGAGGUCAGGCCAUAUCCUGGACAAUGCAACGGUUAUUUGUAGUUAUGACGAAACCUGUUUGA